AUGGGUGAGGAAGAAUCAAUUAAUACAGUUUCCAAAACUGACUCAAAUGUCAAUGUCACGCCAAAGAAAACUUUAAAUGACUUGAGUGAUAAGGAGUUGGAAUCUGAAGGAGGGAAAACCUUGGAGGAUAAUGAAGUCGAAGACUUGAAGGAGGAUGAUAUAAAAGAAAUGGAAGUUGAUAAGAAAGCUGAUGAUGGUGAUGAAAUAACUGAUGAUAACCAAAUUGGUGACGGGGAAGAAAUAAAAAAGGAUGAGAAAGUCGAUGAAGGGGAAAAAUUAGAAGAGGAUAAGAAAGUCAAUGAAGAGGAAGAAUUAAAAGACGAUAAGAAAGUUGAUGAAAGGGAAGACUUUAUAGAGGAUAAGAAAGUUGAUGAAGGGGAAGAAUUAGAAGAGGAUAAGAAAGCUGGUGAAGGGGAAGAAUUAAAAGAGGAUAAGAAGCUUAAUGCUGGAGAGGAAAUAAAAGAUGAUAAGGAAGAUGUUGGCUUGAAAGAAUCAGAAGAUGAUACGAAAGAUGAUUUUGUGAAUGUAACAGAGAUAAAUAAGAAAGAUGAUAAUAGGUUUGAGGAUGAAAAAUUGGGGGAGGAAACUGAUGUUAAGGAAACUAUGGAUAGUAAAGAAGAAAAAGAAAGUGUUGAAGCUAAGAAACCAGCAUUAGAUGUCAUGGAAGAAGAUGAUGUCCCCGAAAAAAAAGACGAGAGCAGUGAACAGGAUAAAGGUCAAGAAAAGGUUGAGGAUGUCCGUGAAGUCAAUGAUGAAAGUGGUAAAAAGGAAAAAGGUCAAGAAAAUGAGGAGAAUGAUAAGGUUAAGGUUGGCAAUAAGUCAGCUGAAGAAGAUAUUCCAGCUGAGAAAGUAUCGAAAAAGCGUGAGAGAGGAAAGGGCAAUGUGGAGAAGGUGAAAAAGAAAAUAAAGAAACAGAAGGGGGCAGAGGGGAUCCCUGAUGAUAAAGAUGAAAACAGUGAAAAGGUGGAAAGUCAAGAAGAGGAGGAGGAUGUUAAUGAUAAAAUUAACUAUAAGUUAAAUCAAGAUGAUUCUGAAGACAUGGAAGUUGAGAAAGGAUUAAAAAAGUGCAGGAGACGAAACAUCCAUGAGCAGCAAGUGGAAGAGACAGAGCCAAGGACUCCUGCAAGUGCAACCAAUCGUCCUGUACGGGAAAGGAAAUCAGUUGAGAGGUUGGUAGAAUCAUAUGAGAGAGAUGUAUCCAAAGAAUUUUUCAUUGACGAGGGUAGUGGUAUGUAUUUAAAAGAUAUACCCAAUGUGGCAUUUAAGUUAUCUAGAAGGAAGGUUGAUGAUACAUUAAAAUUUCUCCAUACAAUCCUCUUUUCUAGGAGAAGAAAGGCAGCUGAGGUUAAGAAAAACAUAUCAAGGUUCUCUGGUUUUGUAUGGUAUGAAAAUGAGGAAAAGCAAAUGAUUAAAGUAAAAGAAAAAUUUGACAAGUGUAAUAAAGAGAAGUUGCUGGAUGUCUGCGAUGUGCUUGACAUACAAAUUACAAAGGCAAAUACUAGGAAGGAAGAUAUUAUUGCAAAACUAAUAAACUUUUUGGUUGCCCCUCAUGUGACAAGGGCUAUAUUGCUUGAAGAACAAGAAAAGUCUAUUAAAGGAAAAAAGCGCAAGCGCAUAACAAAGCAAGGUUCAUCGAGAUCUGGAGCAGCAACAUCAAAACGCUCUGCUAAGAGUAGGAAGAAAAAUGAAGAUUCUUCAGACGAAGAGAGAAAGACUACAACUGACACAGAAAGUGAUUCUGAGAAAGAAGAGGAAAAUGAAAAAGGUCUUCCUGACAGAUCUGAGGAUGAAAGGCCUCAGAAGUCUGAAAGUGAAGAUAAAAGUGAUUCCGAUAAUGAAUCUGAAGAUGUGAAGAAAGCGAGUAAAAUAAAUAAAACAUUUUCCAGAGAGAAAGAAUUCGCUGCCAAAGGCAAAGCAAAGGAAACGACAUUUCAGAAAAAACCUCGCACACCACGAAAGAGAACUAUGAAAUCACUGUCCACACUCUCUGAGUCCGAUGAUGAUAUUAGUGAGGGAAGUCCAAAGGUCUUUUCAAGGAAGAAGAAAAAUGAAAAACAGAAAACCUUAACUCUCACCAAGUCUUCCUCCAAAGACAAUACAGAGAAGGUUACAAAAAGAAAGGGCAAAACCAAAGAGAAGUCAAAACCCAGUGAUGAUCAGUUGCGCAAUGCAAUAUGUGAUAUUUUGAAGCAAGUUGACUUCAAUACGGCGACAUUUAGCAACAUUCUGGAACUACUCGGUAAGCAAUUCGAUACGGAUCUCACCCCAAGAAAGGCAUCUAUAAAGACUAUGAUUCAGGAAGAGCUAACAAAGCCAGCUGAUGAAGAUGAAGAAGAGGAUUCUGAAAAUGAUGAGACUCAUACUAGUGGCAAAGAAGUUGAAGCAUGA